AUGAGGUGCAGUAGCAACCCGCCCCCCGCCCCAGCCUCCGGGUGUGGAGACCUGGGUGUGCCCGUGGGAGCCUCCAGGAGCCUGGCCGGCUGCAGGGCGAGGGAGAGCGCAGACCCGUACCCGGACGGGAACCUGGAUAGCGGGAAAGCGCCCACUCACCUUCCAAACUCCCGGCAAACGUCCCGAGCGUGCGGCGACUCCGUCGAGUCCACCGGGAACGGCCUGUGCCGGGGGAAUCCGGGUGCGGCGCGGAGGUUCUGCCCGCGGGACAGGGGCGCUGGCGGUGCCCGGGACCCCCGGCGGGGGCUCGCCCCUCCCGGCUCCCAUUGGCCGCGGGGCGGGACGUGCCGCCCCGCUCCAGGGCCUAUAUUAGGGCAUAUUGCCCCGGCGGGGCGCGGUGUUACCCCACGGGUCAUGGAUCUGGGGUACUUCGCUCUCUCCUUUCCGCCGGGGCUGUGCCGCGGGGAACCGCAGGUCCCGUACCCCCAUCGAGGGGACGACGCCUUCCUGGCGCCGGGCACCACGGCCAGCGCCGCGUCCCCCCCGCAGGCGCUGGGGUACGCGGCCGCUGCCCCCGCGGCGCUGGGCCCCGGCUGCCGGCCGUCCCGGGGAGCCGGACCGCAGGGCUGCGCUACGUCCAUCCUUCCCGGGAGCGGCCGCCCGCCGCCGCAGGACCCCGACCGCCCCCUGCUCGGCUCGGGCGGCGGGGGGCUGCGGCAGCUCUCGCCCUGCCCCGGGGCCGCCCCCUCGCCCGGCUCCCCGGCUCCCGCGGCUGCCCCGGCAGAGCCCCGCACCUUCGAGUGGAUGCGAGCGAAGCGGAGCCCGCCAGGGAGAAGCGGCGAGGGGCCGUGCGGGGGGGAACCUCCCGCCUGCUCCGCACGCACCAGCUUCAGCACCCGGCAGCUCACGGAGCUGGAGAAGGAGUUUCACUUCAGCCGGUACCUGUCGCGGGCCCGCCGCCUCGAGGUGGCCCGCUCGCUGCGCCUCCGCGACGCCCAGGUGAAGGUCUGGUUCCAGAACCGCCGCAUGAAGCAGAAGAAGCGGGAGCGGGAGGCGCUGGCCGCCCCCGCCGCCGGGCCCGCGGCUGUCCCGGGGGGCCCCGCCUGA